AAGACCGGAAGUUGAUCUACAUAUCCCUAGAGGGAGCUCAUUGGAACGCAGAAUUCAGGCAGCGGGUGGAACGCAAAACCCGGAAGUGAAAGUGGUGGCUCGUCACAAUGUCGAUAUUUCCAGUUCCGGUGAUUUAAUCAACAAGAGCAGCGAAGCUUCUCUGUCCCUAUCAUUUUACCUUAUGCCACUACUGUACUGACUGGCAAUGGACGAUAAGAAAUGUAAGAAGCAGAAGGCGAAUUUCACUUUUCAGAAAACACAGGGUGAAUUUCAUAGGCUUGUGAAGAUCAAGGAGGAGGAAGAACCUACAGAUAUUAGCACAGAUUGCUCCAGUAACAGAAAUUCACCAGAAACAUGUCCGACUCCUCGCUAUUCACAGAACCGCACAGAGGAAGCUUUUCCAGCUGACAAACCUAUUAAGGAAGAAAAUCUGAAUAUUGUGAUAGUUGAUAUUGGUCCAGAGAUACAAAAACAAAAUGAAAGGCCUGUGAGGAUUAAGGAGGAAGAAAUUCCAGCAGACAUAAGCCCUGUACAUCUGAACACGAGGAGAAGUUCCCUUAGAAACCCAUACAAGAAAUGGUGGUCUCCUGCUAAAAGCAGCCGUGCAAGUGCUCAUAAGAUGGAUCUCUCAAAAAAGAAAAUUUAUUCCGAAUAUCUCAUGAAUCCACAGUUCCUGAAAGAAUUCAUAGACAUGUAUCGGUCCUUUCCGUGCCUGUGGAACAUGAAGAUCUCCGACUAUUCCAACAAACAGAAAAGACUGAAGGCCUAUGACAGCAUGGUUAACCUCUGCCGGUCUGUGUGCCCAAGCGCCAACAUCCAGUUUGUUAAACAUAAGAUUGCCAAUUUGAGAACAGUCUUCAAGAAAGAAUUCAACAAAGUACAGGUGUCCAAAAAGACAGCUACCUCCGCCGAUGACGUGUAUGUGCCCCGACUAUGGUAUUUUGACCUGCUUAAGUUUACAAUUGGUCAGGAUGCUCCAAAAGAGGGAUCAUCCAACUCAGGAGAGUCCCAGGAAUGCCGCCAAGAAGAUGAGCCAGUUGAUGAGACCAUGGAGAUUCUGGAGGACUCGACUAAUGUGUCUCAGGUUACUAGUAACAGCCAAUCUGAGGACAUAGACUAUGAUCCACAGGAGGACGUUCCAUUUAUAAGGAAAAGGAAGAAAGGAAAAAUGUACAAUGAUGACGACCUGAGCAAUGAGCUUCUGUCUCAAGCUGCAGCUAUUCUCUCAAAAAACAAUGAUGAGUAUGAUGCCUUUGGUAUAACAGUUGCAUCAAAAUUGCGGAGGAUGGAGGAAAAACAGAGACUUGUGGCUGAGGUCCUUAUCAUGGAUGUUUUAUACAAGGGCAUGCUAAACCAACUAAGUGAAGAAUCCUACAUUGCUGAUUACCCCAUUCACUACUACUCAUCAAAUGCAAUGAGCUGACCGCCUUCCACCUAUUCUCACCAAAUGGCCAGGAGAAGCUGUGACUCUGCACCAGGUUAAAAUGUCAAAUAGUUGAUGCUCCUCAUCCUGUUCAAAGGGCAACUCCACUUACUAGUUGAAUAUUUUUUUUCUAUUUGCCUUACGAAAAUAUUGUGUGAUGGCUGUAGACACGAUAUAUUGGAUGUUUACUCUGCAUAUGUUUGUAGUGUUACACCAUUAUGAAAGCUUCCAAGUGUGUCCCAUCUGUUAUCCCUCAGCCUUCGGUCUCCAGUUUGAAAAUCCUCUAGAUGUGAAUAUACAUAGUUUGUAGUCUGGGGUGGGAUCUCCUGAAAUGGUAACUGAACUGUACUGAUUGUGUCAUUCAUCCAAAACAUUUGGUCUGGGCAGAGGAAACUGAAGUGGCCCAUACAGUCGGACCACAGGAUGACGAAUUUCUGCCUUUCUCACUCAAUGCAUACAUGGACUGCUGCUGUUCAAUGGCCCAGGCAAAUAUCCUUGAGAUUUAUAUAUUGCAGAUUUUUAUCAUUUCUGGUGAGAAAAUUUACCAGGAAGCAAGUUGUCACAGCCCUUCCUCUUGUUAUUAAUUGAAUAAUAACAUGAUCUUAUACAAGUCAUGGUCUUAAACUAUUAGAUUAUUUUUUAACAUAUGUGAACAUAUGAAUAGCUGAUAUUCAUCCAAACAGUAUGUAAAUAUAAAGAUGAUAAAAAGCAAUAGCAAAUUCAGUGCCAAAAGCAAUUUCACAAAUACUCUAAUAGCUGGUUUUGUCCUCCUUGGCAGAAACAACCUCCAGUAGGUUUUCUUAUAACUCUCUGACUUCAACAGGAAAAACAUUUUUCCUGCUCUCCCGUAUUUUUUUGCUGCUUUUCUUUUUUUUUUUUGGGUAUCCGGCAUGCACUGCCCUCCCACAGAAUCUUCAUUGUUUAGAUCUGGGCUUUGACUUAACCAUUCAAGAACCUUCCAUUUCUUUUUUUGGCAGCUAUUUCUUGCUUUACUUGAUUUAUUCAUAUACUUAUGGCCGUUGUUCUGUUGCAGAGUUCACUGUUGGCAAGGAUUCAGUCUUCUUCUCAACCCUUGUCUGAUAAAAAAAUUUUAUUGUGGAUUCUAUGACAAAUGCAAUAUUGAGGGGAAAAUGAAUAAGCUAUGGCUCUUGGAAUGAGGCAACGUAACUUUUUUGCAUGAGACAUUCUGUGCAAAUUUAGUAAAAAAGAAAUAAAAUAAAGUAAAACUAUACAUAUUUGGUAUUACAUUGUAAAUUUAAAGUGCAAAAGGCAGUGGUGGAAAAACUUUUUUUCCCCAUUAACAUCCCAAAAAAGAAAAGUCAAUCCACAAUAUAUAUGUUGUAUAGUGCAGGAGACAGGUUCCCUUUAAGUAAUACUUAUUUUUCUUUUAUUCUAUUGCCCCUCUGGCCAAUGGACAACAUUUUUAACCUUUCCAAGAGAACUGGACUUUAAUUGGGGUUGUCCAGUCAUCCUCAGGAAUAGGUCAUCACUAACUGAUUUGCAGGGUCCUGGACCCGACACCCCCACCAAUCAGAUGUUCUGUGUGGCUCCAUUGCCACAAGUCGGCUCCAGAAUUGCACUGCACCAUCAACAUUGUAAUGGGCAACUCUCUUCACUGCGGUGCUACAGUGACGAUCUCUACAAUGUUGACUGUGCAGUGUUGUUCCGGUGCUGACAUCUGGCAAUGGAGCUACACAGAACAUCUGAUCGAUUUAAGUACCAGACCCACCCUGAUCAUCUAGUGAUGGCCUAUUCUGAGGAUAGGCUAUCAUUAAAAAAAAAGAUGGCCAUCCCCUUUAAAUAAGAUAGGUUCCUCCAAGAUCCUCUGCUUACCUAGUCCUGUGAUGUUGCAAUUUUGACCAUGAUUUUCAUGAUUUUGUGGCAAAACCACUCUGUUUUGCUUUGGAAAUUGAUACAAAACCACCUUUAUGUUUAUAUUGUUUUUGUGUAUAUUUGUUUUAUGUCCACAUAUGUUAAAACAAAAACACUUUACAUGAGGUGUAUACUUAAUAGAUAACUGAAUGUACAAACCGGAUUCCCAAAAAGUUGG